GUACUGACCUUACUAUCAGUCGUUUAUCAGCUUUUACCCAACACUCAUUGCAAUGAGAGUCGCAAUUGUUGGUGGAGGUGUGGUUGGAAUAACAACUGCUCUGAAAUUAAAACGAGAAUGGAGAAAUUCUGAUAUCAGUAUUUAUGCUGAGAAUUACGAGGAUCUCGUGAGUUUCGUGGCUGCAGGGAUUUUCAGAGUUGGAAACUCUUUCUUGGGACCAAACGAGGAGAUAACAAGGAAUUGGGUGAGCGAUUCCUAUGAAUUCUAUGAUGAAAUUCGAAAAAGUCGAGAGGCAGCUCUUGCUGGCGUCGUCCAAAUCUCCGGAUAUAUUUUCUCUAAUGAAGGACCAGCUGCGGUGAAGAAUCAUUGGAUGGAAUCAUUGGUCCCCCAUUAUCGCAGUGUCACCGAGGAGGAACUGAAAUUACCUGGAGGCCACUGGAAAUACGGCUCGUACUUCACAACAAUUAUGAUACAAUGCAAGUCGUACAUUCCAUGGGCAAAAAAUCAACUGGAGGCAAUGAGUACGAAAUUCUACCAACGGAAAUUAUACAAUAUCAAUGAAUUAAUAGAUGAGUAUGACGUCAUAAUAAAUUGCUCAGGGCUAGGGGCCCGAGAACUCUGUGGCGAUAGGCGAAUGAUUCCCAUAAGAGGACAAGUGUUGAAGGUGAAAGCUCCAUGGCUGAAGACCUUUUUCUACGGAGACCUCGACACGUACAUCAUCCCUGGAGUAGAUGGAUCUUGUACUCUGGGUGGAUCCAGAAACUUCGACUCGACACGAGCAUCCCCAUGUCCUCAUGAGACUCGAGCCAUUCACGACAGGUGCACUGCCCUGGUUCCUUCACUUAAGAAUGCACACUUGAUCGAGAGUCUAGUAGGCCUCAGGCCCCACAGGGAUGGAGGAGUCAGAGUGGAAGUUGAAAAAAUUUCAAAUGGACGUAGAUCUGCUACUGUGGUGCAUAAUUACGGUCAUGGGGGCUACGGAGUCUGCACAGCCCCUGGAACAGCCAGUUAUGCGAUAAAACUCGCCCAAAACGCUCAUCUCAAUAACUCAAAACUCUAAAUAUCUCUAGUCAGUAAAAAUAGAGCAAAAUAGAUAUUUCAGAUACUUUUUCCUCAAUAAAAAAUAAAAUGUCAACUACUUUGUCCCCUGAACUCAAUGUAAUUGCACCGAUUUAUCGAAGUCGAAAUUAGAGUAACAAUAAAAUUCAUUUGCUAAAUUGUU